GAGAACUUCCUUCCUUUUCCCUGCAGGCUCGAUUCAUCCAUCAAUCGGAGUCCGGUUGUCUCUGCAGAUAUUGUAUGAUGCUGGGAUCGGGCUGAGUGGAGCGGUUUGAUCCAUCCACUGGACUCCCUCGGAUAUACUUAGUACCAAGUAGAUGGAUAGUAGAUAGAUAGUAGAUACGGAGUAGAUAGUAUAGAUAGAAGUUAGGUAUCAUCAGUGGGAUGUUCUGUAUACAAGAGUAUCAGAGUAACAAUACUACAACAAAGGCAUUGAAUGGCGUGCUGUGGCGCUAACCCGAUCUGGCAGGUCCACUCCGCCCUGGUUCCUGCCUGGUGAUCCAGGCACCAGCUCGUAUCUCCAACUUGGCAACUGCAACUCCAACAUCACCAUCAACGUCCACAACGUCCACAACAUUCGCCGCUUCUACCUCGACGGGGAAUGCGGCUGAGACUCUUCCCUCCGACCAUUCCUACCACUCUGAAAGCAUGAAGCCCCCCCUUUCCCUGCUCCUAGCCGUCGUUCUGGCCUCGGCCGCACCCCCGCAGGCUCCUCUAGGCCUCUCCCCCUCCGCAUCCGACAUCAUUGACGCCUCUCCCUUCCUCUCCUUCCACCGCGACCUCGUCCAGAUCCCCUCUGUCUCUGGCAACGAGACCGUCGUGGGAUCGUUCCUUAUCGACUUCCUCGAAUCCCACAACUUCACCGUCAUCAAACAGCCCGUGCCCGCGUCGCCCAACGGCGACCCCCACCGCUUCAACAUCUUCGCCUACCCAUCGACAUCCCCGGCUCAGGACCGACCCGAAAUCCUCCUUACCAGCCACAUCGACACCGUCCCCCCUUUCAUCCCUUAUUCCCUCCAUGAGAGCCCCGAUGGCACCCCCCUCAUCGCCGGCCGCGGCACCGUAGACGCCAAAGCCAGCGUCGCCGCCCAGGUCUUCGCCGUCCUCGAUACCCUCCGCGCCGACCCCACCGCCAGCCUGGGUCUUCUGUUCGUCGUUGACGAAGAAGUCGGCGGGCUGGGUAUGCGCAUCUUCUCCGAAUCGUCCCUCAACCCGUCCCCCUCGCCCUUCCACACCGUCAUCUUCGGCGAGCCCACCGAGCUCGCCCUCGUCUCCGGCCACAAGGGCAUGGUCGAGUUCCCGAUCCUCGCAACCGGUCAAGCCGCCCACUCGGGAUACCCGUGGCUCGGCCGGAGUGCCAUCUCCGCCCUGCUACCUGCCCUGUCCCGACUCGAUGUCCUGGGUAAUAUUCCGGCGGAGGAGGGCGGUCUGCCCGCGAGUGAGAAGUACGGACGCACGACCGUGAACAUCGGUCGUGUGGACGCCGGCGUCGCAACCAAUGUGGUGCCCGCGUCCGCGUAUGCCGGCGUUGCUAUUCGUCUGGCGGCAGGGACGCCCGACGAGGUGCGCGGGAUUGUCGCGCGUGCGGUGGCGAAUGUUACCGCCCAGGAUGACCAUGUCUACUGUGAUUUCGGCGCCUGGGGCCCUGGAUACCCCCCUCAGGAUCUGGAUACUGAUGUGCCCGGGUUCGACGUCAUCACGGUAAACUACGGCACGGAUGUUCCUAACUUGAAGGUGUCGGAGGGCGUCAAGCGGUAUCUGUAUGGGCCAGGAAGUAUUCACGUCGCCCAUGGUGAUGAUGAGGCCAUCACCGUUGAGCAGUUGGAGGCGGCGGUCCGUGGAUAUAAGAGGCUGAUCAAGGCGGCGACUCAGCGCGGACGCAAGAACUAGACCGCCGACUUGAUUGAUACAUUUGAACAGCAUUUUCAGCCACGAUACCUAAUGACGGCGGUUUAAUGCGGAUAGCUGUAUAUAUAGUGUAUAUAUUAUGAUGAUAUCUGCGGCGUCGGAUGCGAGGGAUGCUGGACGGAAAUGCGAUAUCGUACAAGAAACCAACCCGCCAGUAGACCGCCAUGAUAUAGCCGCCAAUAACCAAGUUCCUGCCUCGGAUAAAAUAACCUUAUACAAGAAGACUCAGCAGUAAAAAAGGAAAAAGA